UUUUCGGAUCCGGGCUACAUUUCUCCAUCUGAGUCCACAAACCCAGUUUCGUAGACGAUCGAGGUCCCCGCGGAACCCCCGCCCGGAUACACAAAGAGAAGAUGGCGUCUUCAACUGCAGCGGCAGGACUGUUGGCGCGCCAGCUCAAGCAGAUGCAGAAUGAUAAAAGCAUCUCAGGCAUAAGCUGUGGCUUAGUGGAGAGCAAUGUCUUCGAGUGGGAGGUGAUGCUCAUGAUUGACGAUGACACCAAGUUCUACGGAGGAGGCUUCUUCCGAGCACGGCUAACAUUCCCGCCCGAAUACCCGCUACUGCCACCGAAAAUGCGCUUCGAGACGCCCAUCUUCCACCCAAACAUUUACCCGAACGGCGAUGUCUGCAUCUCCAUCCUACACCCGCCCGAGGAAGACAAGUGGGGCUACGAGUCGGCAGCCGAGCGCUGGUCACCAGUCCAGACACCCGAGACCAUCCUUCUCUCCGUCAUCUCCAUGCUCUCGAGCCCCAACGACGAAUCGCCCGCGAACGCAGACGCAGCGAGGUUAUGGCGUGAAAACAUACCAGAAUUCAAGAAACAUGUUCGAAAGUGCGUGAGGGAUAGCUUGGAGUUCGAAUGAUUCGAGGACGAUGCCGUGGGGGUAUGAUACCACCUCCCGGAGACGGAUAUUUGAGCGUAUGCGUGCAUGAUGUUUUACACAUCCCUCGAAUUUGCGACAUAUAUAUAUAUUUUGGUGGCAUGUUCAUCACGUGUGAACAAUGUAAGAUGGCCGACUUCACCGUUGGCCGCAGCAGAUUCUAGGCUCAAUUUGGAAUAUCAUUAUCAUCAAGAAGUAUU